GAGUGGCAAACGGACCACUUUAGGACUGAUAGUGCCCCGGAACAUGUUGGUAGCUGCUAGACUACUUCCAGCUCAACAUUAAUCCUGCGUGGCACAGUCUGCAGAGGAUCACCACAGUGUCCCUAAAAGACAAUGGUUUGAAAAACAUCCUGGCUAAAUGUGAUAUUGUUGGCACUUCAAAACACAGCAGUCAAAUGACAGAAAGUUGAGAACACAGCAAAGUGUACAAGGACGACAGCAAGAAGAGUCGCUGGUCAAGAUGUUGCACCAGGUGGAAUUCUGCCUUGGCGAUGAUCAGAUGUGUAGUUUUGAGUUUAAAAAUACAAAAAGAUAAAGGCUUUCUAAAGUGAUUACCCAUUCAUUUAUAAUAUUUAGUCAUCAGAAGAAAACCAAUGAUUUAAAAAUGUUAGAUUAUAUCUAUUGACAGCCCUGUUCUUUUAUAGAUCUUUCUUUAUACUCUGUUCCAGAGUAAGUGCUACACUGAAGGUGAAGACUUCUCACCAUGAAGACAUUUUGUACAAGAAAAGCUUUUGCCGCCAUCGUCCUCUUUCUGAUGGCAUUUACCUUGAUCUUUGUGCUCCGUCACAUGGACAUUCUGCAACCGAAAGUCAAGUCCACCAUCAUCAAGCCGAGCGUCUCCCCUCAUUAUAUUGUUAAUCGCAGCUUCUGCACCUUCCAGCCGCUGUCCCCCCAGGACGCUUUGGAGGAACGUCUCAUACUAGACUCCAUUGCUUGGCCUGAAACUCCACUUUUACCAUCUCCUAUUUCCUUGGAGCAGACCACUGAUCCAGCCCACAGCACCUUCACCAUUCUCCCAGGAAGGAAAGGGGGGCAGUGGCAUGUAGGGGACCAGCUGGAGGUUAUGAUACAAACCUUUGACUUCCAGGGUCGUCCCAAGAAGUCUGGGGGGGACUUCAUAACCGCCCGUCUGCAUAACCGGAAGCUUGAAGCAGGUGUGGUCGGGCAAGUUGUGGAUCAUCUGAAUGGGAGCUACUCUGCUGUGUUCUCUUUACUCUGGGAAGGAGACGCACUGGUUGAGGUGACUCUGGUUCACCCUGGUGAGGCCUUCUCAGUGCUGGACAGGCUGAACAAAGAACAGCCCGACAGGAUUUACUUCAAGAGCGUCUUCCGCUCAGGCUCUCUCUCUGAAACCACCAUUUGCGAUGUCUGCCUUCGGCCAACCAAACAGCCGCUGUGUAACUUUACUGACCUCCGUACAGGCGAGCCUUGGUUCUGCUACAAGCCAAAGAACCUGGGCUGUGAUACGAGGAUCAACCACUUCAUGGGAGGUACGACACAAAACAUCAGCGCCAAUGAGGAGAAGCUCUUUCACAGUGGUGUUAACCUGAAAGUCAACAUUCGGGCUUCAGGACCUGCAAGUGUGACUUUGUUGCCAGAAAAAAUAGGUCAGCUGAAGGUGAAAAGCGCCACUGUGACAUCUGGACCCUCUGGUUAUUACUACCAGGGCGUGUGGCGAGCAGUAGGUGGCCUCACAAUUCACCAAUUCAACACGUCUGCCAUCACGCAGUGUCUUAAAGGCAAGGCAGUGCACAUGUAUGGAGAUUCCACCGUCAGGCAGUGGUUUGAGUUCCUCAACGUAGUUCUACCAGGUCUAAAGGAGUUUGAUCUACACAGCCCGAAGCAAGCAGGACCUUACAUCUCCUUGGACUUUGCAAACAACAUCUUGGUGACGUCCCGCUUCCACGGCCCCCCAAUUCGAAUUGUAACUGUCUCGACCAGCGACCUUCGUUACAUUGCCAAUGAGCUAGAUGGCUUGAUCGGAGGCCCCAACACUGUGGUAGUCUUUGGCAUCUGGGCACACUUUGGCACUUUCCCCAUGGAGAUCUACAUCAGGAGGCUACAGAGCAUCCGUAGGGCAGUGGUGCGGCUGCUGGACAGGGCUCCAGGCACGCUGGUCGCCAUCCGUACAGGGAACCCUAAAUUUUUAAACCUUUUUGUGUCCCUAACCAACAGUGACUGGCACUCGCUGCAGUGCAACAAUGUGCUCAGAGCAAUGUUCAAAGGACUGAAAGUUCAUCUGAUCGAUGCCUGGGAAAUGACCUUGGCCCACCACCUGCCGCAUAAUCUCCACCCACCACCUCCCAUUAUUAAGAAUAUGAUAAACAAUCUAUUAUCGUAUAUAUGUCCUCAAAAGGGUGGUUAGUGUUUUCGGGGGGAGGAAUGUGCAGUAAAGCACAUGUUCAUUUUACAUAUGUUCUUAGUUUCCACCAAAUGCUUUAUUUUUCCUUCAUAACUUCAUACUCAGACUAACAAGUUAAUUGGAAGAAAAGCAAAAACAUAUUUUUCAUCAAUUUAUUUGGUUUUUCUCUUGGUGUAGGAAUAUUCUCCAGCUCUUAAAUAACAUGGUUGGCGGUUUGAACCCAGGCUGCUCCAUGUCUCAUGUCGACGUGUCCCUGAGCAAGACACCUAACCCCUAAAAAUGUAAAACGCCAUUCUUCAACAUGUAUGGCAAAAAGCACAACUCUGUUGGAAAAUCGAAAUAUUCCUGGAUAUUUGCGCAGCAUGUCUCUACCAGCUGCAAAGUCAAAAUGACCGAUAUCAAAGAUUCAAGGAACUUCUCCAAACUCCAAAUUUUAAUUCCAAAAAGGAGUUAAUAGAAAGAGGAUUGUCCAAUCGUUAAGGGCGCUUCUAAAAAAAGGCAAAAUUUGUAAGGGUUCUGUGCAUGACUUUUUCUCAAUAUUGAGCCAUUGUACGUGUCAUUCUUAAUCCAAACUAAGGUUUAAUUUGAGCAGCUCAGAAGUAAUAUUUAAAGUUUGGAAGUUUAAGACCUCCAUUUAGCUUAGAUAUCUUUAAGGUUUUAAGUCUAAUUCUAGGAAAUGGAAAAUGAUUCUAUCCAGAUUAUCAAAAACUGGAAUUUCUAUAGAUAGCAUCUGGAAUAAGUAGAGGAGUCUGGGCAGAAGCGUAGUUCAUCGUUCCAAGUACAUCAUUCAUCGUAUCAAUGCGGCAAAUUAUUUUACAAAUUCUGUAAUGAUGGAAGUGUAACCGUUAGACACCACUUUGUUUUAAUUAUACAGUCAUUUAUUUCUGCAUGCUUUGACUUCCAUUUUUAUUGUUUGCAUGUUUUGAUUUUCUGUGCGUAGUGGUUAAUAUAUUAUUGCAAAUGCG